CCCUCGGGCCGCCCAGAAUUUUAACCUGCUUCCUCCCUGCCACCCACACUUCCUGGUCCCUUCAACUCUAGAAGGGGAGAGAGCACAUUCCCACACACGCAUCAUAUCCCCCCACCCUUCUGCCCUUUAAUCCCUGACACGUUGCAAGUCCCUAUUCUGCUCAGUUGCUUACAUUUCAUACUGUUUCUCUUUAUUUCCCGGAAGUUCCUAGUCUCCCUUCUCCUCGGAUCCCUCCUUCUUCCCCCUUCCCCAAUUUAUUCAGGGCGGGGGUCAUCUUUGCUGUGUCAUUUCUGUCACUGUUUUCUCUGCCCUUCACACUUUAUCCUAGGGAGACUCUUGCCUGUCUACCUCCUUUCUCUGGUGCUGGUUCUGUGUAUCAUCAGGCGCUCUCAAGCCCUCUCUCUUGACACAACCCCUUUUGUCUGGAAAAGUCUUAUCUCUUGAGUCUCUCCCCUCUCUUCUUGUAUGUAAACAAGUUUUAUUGCUUGCUUCUGCUUCUUCCUGCCCCGCCUGUCCAUUGCUGUUCAAUUUAGGACCACCACCUCCUCCCCUCCUCUAAUUUUCAUCUAGCAAAAGUUUUCUAAACAUCUCUUUCCCCUUUUCAUUUUCCUUUAAUCCUCACACAAGCUUUCUGGCUGCUUGCUUUUUAAGCUUUAGACCUCCUUAGGCAAACUGGCAGUAUCUGUUCUCCCAUAGCUGACCUUUUAAGGGAACAUUUAAUUUACUAGCUCAGGGUUAACUUUGUUGCUGCUUAGUUUCUACUUUUGAAAGAGCUUUUCUUGUUGUUGCCAUAACAGUUGGGUUGAGAGAAAUCUUCCUGUUCCAAGGGGUUUGCAUGAUUCCUUGGCAAUGAAUGCAGCCAGAAGUGGCUACCGGGUCUUCUCGGCAAAUUCCACAGCAGCCUGCACGGAGUUGGCAAAGAAAAUCACUGAGCGUCUUGGUGCUGAGCUGGGAAAAUCUGUGGUGUAUCAGGAAACCAAUGGAGAAACAAGGGUUGAAAUAAAAGAAUCUGUCCGAGGCCAGGAUGUGUUCAUUAUUCAGACAAUCCCCAGAGAUGUGAACACUGCAGUGAUGGAACUGCUGAUCAUGGCUUAUGCAUUGAAGACAUCCUGUGCCAAAAACAUCACUGGGGUCAUUCCCUACUUUCCCUACAGCAAGCAGAGCAAAAUGAGGAAGAGAGGCUCAGUAGUUUGUAAACUCCUUGCUUCCAUGCUGGCCAAAGCAGGUUUAACCCACAUCAUUACUAUGGAUCUUCACCAAAAAGAAAUCCAGGGUUUUUUUAGCUUUCCUGUUGACAACCUGAGGGCAUCGCCGUUUUUGCUUCAGUAUAUACAGGAAGAGAUUCCUGAUUACAGAAAUGCAGUAAUUGUAGCCAAGUCUCCUGAUGCAGCUAAGAGGGCCCAGUCUUAUGCUGAGCGACUGCGACUAGGACUGGCAGUCAUCCACGGAGAAGCCCAAUGCACAGAGCAAGACAUGGAUGAUGGACGCCACUCUCCUCCAACAGUAAAAAACACUACAGUUCAUCCUGGGCUGGAGCUGCCUUUGAUGAUGGCCAAAGAGAAACCACCAAUAACAGUAGUUGGAGAUGUUGGAGGUAGAAUUGCCAUCAUUGUGGAUGACAUUAUCGAUGAUGUGGAAAGCUUUGUGGCAGCUGCAGAAAUCCUGAAAGAGCGUGGCGCUUACAAGAUUUUCAUCAUGGCCACCCAUGGGCUCUUGUCUGCAGAUGCUCCACGUCUAAUUGAAGAGUCAUCAAUUGAUGAGGUGGUGGUCACCAAUACAGUUCCUCAUGAAGUGCAGAAACUUCAGUGUCCCAAGAUAAAGACUGUGGAUAUCAGUUUGAUCCUCUCUGAAGCUAUCCGUCGAAUCCACAAUGGGGAGUCCAUGGCCUACCUCUUCCGCAACAUCACUGUGGAUGAUUAGAUUCUUGUUGUCACACCCUCUAUUCGGCUUCCUCGAAUAGAAGGGGGAAAGGAAAUGUGCAUGAAGCAGCAGUGCCAUAAAGCUGAUAGUAUACUUUUUUUUGAGGUUUUAUAAAGGGUCUGGGUGUUGAGGGACUGAGUUUCACUGGUUCAACUGCCCUCUGUCUGGAGGCCUAGUUAGAUCAGGAUGCAAGUAGGCAUUGGAGUCUGUUAAAAUUGUUUGAAAGAUGGUGGUGGCCUCUUGCCAUUACUAUAAACAAAUCCAUUGAGUCAUGAGGGCAAUUGGAGAUGACCUUGGUGGCUUCUUGCAAUUUGACUUGCUCCGCAAAUUCUCUGGGAUCACAUGCUGUCAAGCUACUUGAACGGAAGUGGUUUUCUUUUCCCAGUACUAUUAUGUGCAAAGGUCCUUUUUCCACCUUGGGAACCAUUCUUAUGGAUGCAACAGAGCUUCCUCUUGUGAAAUCAUCUACAAAUAUUCAUCUUAUGGCAGCCGAGGUAACUUCAUCAGCAAUAACAUAGCAUAAAGCAAAAUGAUUCCAAAGUUGUGGUAGGAACUAGAAUGUGCUACUUCUCCUUUGUAGCGAACUAGGUUGUAAUCCCACCUAGCCAACAAGUAAAAGGAGUCUAGGACAAUAGAACUCCUUCUUCAGUUUCUAGGUAGAUGAAGCAUGGUCUGCCUGGAUAUGCCUUGGGUGGCAUUCUGCGCUCACAUAGGGCCAAGCAUUUAGGCCAAAAAGUAUAGAAAGAUUCAUGCAGUACCUUCCAUUGUGUCAUACACAAUUGUACUCCUGAUGCUGAACAGUUAACCUAGAAAAACAGUAGUUUGUAAAUUGUUUUUAUUUCUAAGAGAUGCUACAUGCUAUCUGUUAACACUAAGGUCCUUGCUUAGGCGAUUCAGUCCACUUUCUAAUUGGCGCCGGCUCAUUCUUUUGGGCCACCUGAGGCAAGCCCACUAUAUGCUUCCUUGCCCUGCCCAUCCGGCUGGGGGCAGCCACAUGCUCCUUUUCUGGGACACGUUCUGCCCUUGUCCUUUAUCAGGCAACAUUUGCUGUGCCAUCAAGUGGGCCUGCAGCAAGAGACAGGUGGCAAAACUCUAGGCGGUGCAGGCUGCCUGGUACAGCGAGGAGGAGAAAGCAGCAGCAAGACGAGGAUGGAGUGCAUGCUGCUUGCCCCUCCUUGCUGGAUCAGGCAGCCUACACUGCCUCCCGUGUCAGUAAUCCCUCUCAAGUGGCCACUGUGGGACAAGAGUAGGGUGCAUGCCAGAAAAGCAGUGCACAAUGACCACUAACCAGGCAAGGAGGAAAGACUAGGCAGAGCUGUCCAGAGAAUGUGGGUGGCAGCAGAGGUGAGGCUGGGGCAGAGGCUCCAGGCAGGUUGGUGCCACUGACAGUGUCAGGGCAGGGUUCCCACCUUCACCUCCCUGGAGAGCACACCCCUCCUGAAGCCAUUGCGUCACUUUGCCUCAUGGGCAAUCCAUCCCUGUUUCUUAUGCAGAUGACUCUUACACAUUUUAUUAAGCAGCCAUGCAAUAUUUCAUAUGUUUUGGGGAUUGUCCACUAGAUGCCAGCCUUUGGCUUGGACAUAACAGCACCUACCCUCUUGUGCUGUGGUGUUUCCAAAACCUGCUUCUAGGAUGUCAGUAUUCCACUCUUAACAGUCCUACAACACACUCUUGAGCCCUCUCCAUGUUUGGGAAUAGUGCAUUUAAUCCCUAUGCAUAGAAAUCUGGAUGAUCCACAAGAACCAGAUCUUAAAGUCAGAUGUUAAAAGCCUAAGGUUGCCAUUGCACUCUGCCUAUGGGGCACGGAGUAAGGCAAGACCAGGUCCACAUAAGAGUCUCUUCUUCAUUCCCUGAGUGAUGGCAGCCAUUUAAAAGGUAGAGCUGUAUAAAGUCUGAUGUUACUGUUUGUCAGCUCCCCCUGAGGGAGCUUCCCGGAGUGUGUAGUCCUUUUUCUCGACCAUGAUUUUGACUGGUUAAAGAAAUUUUGUAAACUGAGUGCUGCCUCCCUUGGGAUUCGCUGCUCCCUUCAAUUUUCUAGUCUAGAACCUGCAUUAUCAGGGAGAACUUGGUUGGAGUGACUUUUCCUGCCAUGAUGCUACAGAGAGAAAAGGAAAAAGUACAUAGAGGUAAUGUUCCAUUUUUAAGGGCUGAACUGAAGGGAGAGGGGCCCUCUAGGGACCUGGCCCUCCAGAAAUUUAGACACCUCUGACCCUGGUUCUUCUCUCGCUUCCAUAGCAGCCUCACUUGGCCACUCCGUUUCUUUUAAUAGGUCUCAAAGUCCCUAUGUGAGAGAGUUUAUCCAAGCCUCACUUUUUUCUUGACCUCUGUGGCUCGAUGCUCUUUCAGUUCAGUUUCAUCUGCCCGCUUUCAUCUGCCUCUGGGUUCAUUGCCCCUUAGCUUCUUUACUUCCCACUGAGAGUGGCUUUGGCCAUUACAGGAAGUGCCUAAAAGAGGGUAUGUGACUCAUAUGAGCUCCUUUCACAAUGCAAGACCUGAAGAAGUUGGGAAAUGCAAGUUCCAGUAGGACUGUUGCCUCUGUGGAUACUGCAUCAGAAACCUAGAAAGAAGAUGCAUAGCAAGCUCUGGUAUCCUCUUAUCUCUUGUAACAGCCCAAACCAUCUUCAGUCUCCCUACUUGCUCAUAUAGCUUCUCGUAUUUCUAGGCCCUAUGAGAGGGUUUUUUGAGUGAUUUUGCCUUACUGAAGUGGGAUUGCUUGAAUACUCCAGACUGAAUUUUAGUUUGCCUCAAUGGGAUUUUUACACUUUUAAGUCGUUGCCUGUUCUCGAGCAUUCCAUAUAAGGCAGGCUAUAAAUGAGGAAACGGCUUCAUUACCUCAGUCAUUAGAAUGCCAGCAAACAUUCCAUGACUUCAUUGUAACUCAGUCAUUUUCUAAUAGAGGCUUCAUUAUAAUGGACUCUGUGUUGUGGUACACUGAAAAAAGAUGAAAGGCUCUUUAAAACUGUCCCAGAUACCUGCAUGGAAAGAGAGAAAAGAAGAAAAGGGGUGGGCAGCGGGUAUUCUUACCUAUUCUGAAAGUAUUGGGUGGGGGGGGGAUAUGUGUUUAAGGUGUAUUAUUAGUUAACCUGCAUUAGCAGCUUAAUGCCAAGACUUCUUGCACCAAAGCACAGAUGUACCGAUAGUUGUAGUAAUGGAAUGCCCAAACGGCAGCAACAGGACACCAGCUUCCCCAGCAAAUAUGCUGGCACAAACAGGCGGGGUUUAAGUGCCUUGAGUGUGGAAUGGUCAUUUGAGUCCACGUUAGUGAUUGUAAGAACAGUGUCAGGCAUGGUGUUUCUUCCAGAAUGAUUAAUUGGGAACAGUUUGUGGCAGUGAUAAUACUGUCCAGAUUUUAUUUUAACCCUUGACUCCACGAGCUAUCAAAAUAUACGAGGCCUCUGAGAGAACUAUGCAGGGAGUUGUCCUUCAGCUUUCCUCCACUUAUUUUCCUCCCAUUCAAGUACACUUUAAACAUUUCAAUUGUUUUAAAGGGUGACUGACUUCUCAUUUGUAUUAAAGGACAAAGACUGCCAGUCCAGGAAAGCAAAGGUUUCUUAGUUUAUAUAAGCAAAAAUGCACCUUUCUGUCUCGUAAUGACGACAUAGGUAUAUGAGUGGACUUGACUUCUUGUUCUUCACUGUCAAGAUUAUCUGGUUUACAUCCUCCCAUAUGACUGACUCCCAAUAUGAGCAAUACCUUGGGAUGGGCUCACAAAAGUUGUCAUGCUUACUCCAUUGCUAUGUCUUUAUAAGUGUGGUUGUUGGUUUGAGUGCUUUUGUUAGCAGAAUGCAUUUCUUAAGUAUUAAUGGAGUUGUCUAAAGUACGGGUAGAAGCCCAAAAUGUUGUGAUGUCCUCCUUUUUCUUCUCAAAUCGUUUCAAGUUUAUGCCAGUUUUACAGUGAUCAAAAUCCUAUACCUGUUGGAGGGUAAAAAUGGUUCUGUUUGUUCAUGUUGCUUGGUUCAAACAAUAUACUGGGCCAGACUUUUUAAAAACGGGCUUUAAUCUAGUGUCAGACUGUUUCUUAUAAGCAAUUUGGCAGAGGACAAGCUGUGCAUAUGAGAUCCAGCGACUAAGCAGGAGUAGUAGUGGGUGAGGAUUAAAAUGAUGCCAAGUGUUUAUACAUCUGCAUCUCACUUGUAGGGCUAUCAUGUAUUUGUGUCUUCAUUCAAACCCAGGAGUGUGUUGCUGGCUAGCUGGCAGAAGAUCAUUUAAUCUUAUUGGCCUUAUUUAACUGAGGAGAGCCUCUUCUAUCCUGACAUCUUUAGCUUUUGGGGAAGUUUGUACCUCUUGUAAAUUUCAAAGUGGAAAAGUGGAAAAAAAAUCACUCUCCUCCUCCUCUCCCCCUACCUUUUGCUCCCGUUUUGCUAUGCUUUCCUGCCUCUUUCUUUGUCAAGAUGAUUGAGUACAGCAAAUCCUUCUAUUAAACCAGUUACUACCGCCAUUUUUAAGCAGUCAUCCUCCAGUUCAGCUGGAGGGAAGAUUAAAUGUACACUUCCAUCUAAGUACCCCAGAAAGCUAAAGGCAUUAUGCCUCCACUAUGUGAUCAGCUGCAGAACCAUAUACCAUGGAAUGUGACCCAAGAUUCAGAGAAAGAGAAAAAACAUGUGGGUGGCUGAGAAAUAAACAAAUGUCUAGGAACCUCUGUACAUCCUCUAACAAAAGCAUAUCUCAACUCUUAUGUUAUCCUUAUCCUGGUACUCUGAGCCAUCUUCUGGUGAUGAAGAUGCAGUAUCCACCUUAUGGGUGGCAACUAUGCUAGUGUUUGCUCCCCCUUCCCUUUCAAAAAACAGUACGGGAAAGUCCUAAAGGAAGGAAAUCUUAAGCUAAAGUUCCCCACAGUGAGGGGGAGGAGCAUUCUGUGCUGUGAAGUGGUGGUGGUGGGGAUCUUGAGGAGGUGCUACGCAAUAAGGCUGCAUACUGCUCCUGAAUAGUGUGUUUAAAUAUUUAAACUUAAGAAACUGAAGGCUGUUUGUACAGUUGUGUGAGUAUGGGGUUCAGUGUGUUGUCACAAACAUUACAGCAAAUUAGGUUCAUGUGAUGUCGGUCAAUAAGCAUUCUUCCAGCACAUCAGGAAGAAUAGGAUGGAUGCGCUACCUGAAUGCAACAUCAAGUACAAAAUGCUGAGCUCAGGAAAUGUGGAAGUAAUGCAAUGUGUGCACUACACUGAAAGAUAUGUGAACUGUAAACAACAAAGGAGUACACACAAGUGCAAUUCAGAUCCAUUAAAAUUAAUAUGAAUUUUGCCCCUCCUCUGGAUUGUAUCCUCCUGGUGUGAGGGGGGAAAAGACACCUUCAGAAUACAGAAGACACUUCCAAGCAACGGGGAUGAAUUUUCUGCAUUGCUGUGUACAGCCUGAUCACAUCUUGGUUGAAUCGGGGCAUAGAUCAAUCAGGACCUAUUUCAGGAUGUGUGAGCAUCUUAGUUUAGGUAGUUUAUAGCAGGAUGGUAGUACUUCGGCCCUCCUGCUGUUUUGACUACAACUCAGAGGCCAAUAGUUGGGAAUGAUGUGAUUUGUAGUCCAACAUCUUCAGGAGGGCUGAAGUUGUGCAGCCCUGGCUUAUACUAUACUAUGGUAGUGUCUCUUGAAUCAAGCAUAAAUUUCCAAGAAGUACUUCUCAGUGUCUCCUUUGUUCACGUGGUGAGGACUGCUGCCUCCUAGCACUGGUUGCAUAGUGUGUUUGAAGCAGAGGUGAUGGUUGUGCUUAACUUGUAUGACACUAUUGUGCAGUUCUUGCAGGGAGAUAAUAUGAAAUGCCCAUUUAUAUACAUGUGUGUUCAAUUGUUUUUAGUCUUCCAACCUACUGUGGAGAAAAGGAAGUUUUACAGCCCCAGUAUCCACCAUUCCAGUCAGCUUGGUAGAACCUGUUACAAUUACUGCUACAAUUACUGCUAGGAAUAUUGGUAUAAGACAAUUGUGUGACUGCUAAUAAAGAAAGAUACAAAAUGAA